UUUAGACUCGAGCCUCAUACUGAAACGCUCAGUACGGGUGCCCUGCAGGUCCUGUGGUGGAUUCUACCAAACCCAGCUUAUGUAGCUUCAGCUGGGCCACCAGUUGUUCGGCUAGAUGCAACUGCAGUAGUCCACCUGUAAUGACUGGCCUACUCCCACUGCAGCUCUGUGUCUUUUGAUGAUUCAUGGACAUGUAUCAGUUCAACAACUGAAGCGGAGCUUUCUUCCCAGAUUGCUAACAUGGGGAAUAUAAUUAAAGGCCAAGAGGCUGACAAGCAGCCUGAGAAUACUCAGCUUGAUGCUGCACUAAAAGUCACGGACUAUGACAACUUAGUAGUACUCUCCGACUACCCAUGCCGUGACAUCAGUGAGCCGAUCUUUAAGAUGGGAGAGAAACUCAGGGGUCUGUCUGAGGACGGCUGCUGGUGGAGGGUUCGUUCUUUUCAGACAGGGACUGAAAACUACAUCCCAGUUAAUCAUGUGGCAAAGGUCUAUCACGGAUGGCUGUUUGAGGGAGUGGUGAGGCAAAAAGCGGAGGAGCUGCUCCUCUUACCCAGCAACAUGGUUGGCUCUUUUCUCAUCAGGGAAAGUCCGAACCAACGAGGUGUAUAUUCUCUGUCUGUGAGACACAGAGUCAUUAAGCACUAUAAGAUCUUCCGCAUGGCCAACAGCUGGUACUACAUCUCCCCUCGCCUCACCUUCCAGUGUUUGGAGGACUUGGUGAAUCACUACUCUGAGUGUUCAGAUGGCAUCUGCUGUGUUCUCACAGCCCCAUGUCUGUCAAAUACUGUGCCAAACCUGAACGCACAAGCGCCCCCUGUGGUGAUGCGGCGUAACUUUGACUGGAAGAAAGUGAACAGGUCCCAGCUACUGAACCCCGCUGAUCAGAGCAGUGCAGACAGCAGGCAGAACGUGGUGAGCUUUGGGGUGAGGAACAGCAUCGCUGCCUAUCUCUCCGUAUCUGAAAUAAAGGAAAAUCCAAAAGUGCUCCGCAACAAGAAGAGCAAGUCUGUCUAUGUGAUGCCUGACUCCAGCAAUAUGGAAACAGAAGAGCUAGCUCAUGGAAAUGUGGCGAGUGGAACAAACGGGUAACGACUGGCACAAUGUGACGUUUGUGUGUCUGAACAUUACGGAGGAGUGUAGUCUUUUCACGAAUACAUUGGACUCCUGAAUGAAUCUCUCAAACUGAUCAUGUAGAGAGGAGAUGGGAUUGUUUUAGGUUUGUGGGCACAGAAACACCAGAAUGUAGUCAUUAGACGGUACUGGACUGUUAACGAUGAAGUGGAUGUUAUUGCAUAUAUAAACACACAUAUACACAAACAUUCACACACAGGCAUAUUUUUACAUGAAUUCUUCUCACUUUUUAGAAGCACUUUAUUCUUGACUGUAUUGACAAAACAGAUGGGAAGUAAGAGGACAGUUCACUUCAAAUACUACUUUUCUCCAACAUUUGAGUUUUGCAUGAAUACAUGAACCUGGAUUUCUCCUUUCGAACUGAGUGAUGAGAAAAGCUCAACUAUUUUCCAAAAGUAUGUGGCUCAGUCCUUAAACAGGGAUUAAAGUUUUGUGCUGAACUGCAGUGGAGAAGCACACCAUGAAUCUGUCCAAACAGCUUGCUAACCACUCCGAGGCUCUUUGUUCCGUUCAGCUGUUUCAAGGAAAACCGUUUUACAGCUUUAUGCUCAAAAAUGGGGUUUUGAUUAAAGACAUUUGUUUGUGUCAAGCUUCCAGCUUAGAUUACUUAAGUAACACUUCAAGCAGAACUAGCAGUGUCUUGUAAUCAGCUUUAAUUUAUCUCAGGGAUGGAAUAUUUAUCAUGCCUCACAGUUCUGUUGUUGGAUAAAACCUGAUUUAAAACAUGCAUUAAAACCACUGUAACAUAA